AUGCGCGACCCGGUGUGCUCGGACAAACGGGAUAUCCACGCGGCGUUUUGUCGGGAAGCCAUGCAGUUGCUUCAAGUGGUCACGGGCAAGAAAAUGCACGCUCACCAGGCGAAAGAUCUCAAUUUGAACCACGGCGCACUUUCGGUAGACCCCAACUGGCUGAAAUUCAUGAGAAAACCUCAAUUUUAGGAGAAAAUCCACCGGCAAUGGGUGAUCGACAACACAAAUUGAGCUACAACGAAACAGAACUGCUGCAGCUGAUCCACGAUCAUUUGGAGAAGAAGGGACUGUCCUCGGUGGCGGCGAUGCUCAAAACGGAGGCGAAAUUGCCGGAUAAGCCGGCCAGCAGGACCACUGUCGCCCCGCUGAAGCUUCGCCCGUUUGUUAGUGGAAUCGAGUCGGAAAGCAUGAUUCUUUCCCCUUUUCAGCCUAGCACCGGCAACAACUUCAUCAAAAUCGAGGACGCCUACCCGACUCUUGCUCCGCGAAUGCUCGAAUCGGAGAUCGGAGGCAUCUCGGGAAGACGUCCGUCAAAUCCGGCCGCCCUUUGCUCUCCCAUGAUCAGCCGAUCAAUUUCCAACGACGAGGACGUGUUCGCAACUCCCACGCUUCCCAAAACUUUGGCGUUUUCAUAGACGACUAACUAAUCGCUCAUUUUACAGAAUACGGAGGCAGUGGAUUCCCGCGGAAGUUGGCAAUCAGCCCCGCCCGUUCGAAACAACGACUCUCAACGUCCGGGGAACGGAGGAGCAAUCCGGCCGGUCAGGGACCUCGACAGCAUUGCCGUCGAGUAUUUCAAGUGAGAACACCGAGGCCAACGUGUGAUUCCUUCAAAACAAUCCCCUUCCAGAACUCAACACUCUUCGUGCAAGAAUCCGGUGACGACGUGCCCGCCGUUAUCCCUCUACUACCCGCAUCCGUGUCCGGAGCGCACCCAGAAGACGUCCGUCAUGCAGAACAUGGCCUACCGCUUCUUCAACUACGAAAUCCUGCGGCCGAACUGCACUGGUUCAAUUUGGACUCUGGCGUCGACGAGAGCCACACAAACUGCCAAGCGAGUGCCAUUACGCACAUCGAACCGUCUAAGGUGA